AUGGAGCCGCAAAGCCUGGAGAGGGCCUCGCAAUAUCUGAAUAAUCUCCUGCUUGCUCGAGGUCUGCUUUCCAAUGGCAAGCCCAUCGAUUUUGCCUGCCCCGAGCGGGAUCGCCAACCCACUAGUAUCACCAUGUCCCGCGUUAUCAACCUGGUCCACGAUCUGAUUCUACGACGCGACCAAGACGCCGAACAACGAGAUUUCUUGACCACGAGCAUAAAAACUGCCCGCGCCCAAGAAAAUGAACGCGUUCUUGACCUACAGCGUCUACAAGACAAAAAUGCAGAUCUGGGCCGACAAGCUGCAACAGCGGAAGCACAGCAACGAACGCUGAAGGAGGUCGCUCGCAAGGCGGAAAUUCAAGCCAAAGAGUUGAAAGAGCAGAUGCUGAAAAUGAAAUCCACACUUGAUCAAGUACGGGCAAAGUGCCUGGGCGAUGUGCGAAAACGCGAUGUCGAGCUUGAGAAGCUCAAAACCCACCUGGCCAGCAUGCAACGAGGAAAGAAGGAGGCAUCCGGCAUGAAGAUCAACACAAUCAAUUUCCAACCAGAAAGCAAGGGCAGAGAAAUAAGAAACGGCCGAGAUGUAAACAGCGCGGAUUGGGGAUUGGAGAAGGAAACAAACGACUUUCUUGCUGCUCUGUUGAAUGAAACCAGCGCCGAGAACGUGUCUUUGAGGAGGAUCAUCCUUGAAACGAUGGAUAUGUUGAAACAACUCACGGAUCUGGAGCAAGCUUGUGAAAAUGCCGAUGAGGAGGAAGAAGACGGUAUCGGUAUACCUGGACAAUAUCGAAAAUCAAGACUUAAAGCAGCCGAAGCAAACGACUUUUCCCUGAUCCCAGUUGACGAUCUUGCCGAGCAAAUGGGUCUCAUCCUUCAACAUUGUCAAUCAAUCCUCAAAGAUCCAUCCUUCGUUCCUCUCGAAGAAGUACAGGUACGCGAUGAGGAGAUCGUCAAACUCAGAGCUGGUUGGGAGAAAAUGGCCAGCCGGUGGAAGGAGGCUGUUACUAUGAUGGACAACUGGCGCCGACAAAAGGUUGAGCACGGAGAUGGUAUGUCUGGACAGGACUUAUCAAAUCUGGAGUUUGGCAGAAGCAUUGCCACACUUCCAAAUGGUCAGCCAGUAUUCCCCACGGAUGAUGAGUUGUCCCAAAUACUGUACGACAAUAAUCACCUCGAAAUGGUUGAAGAGGUGACCGAGAUGAGCGAGCAUCAAGCUUUGACAGAGGAAAGAGAAGAAUCAGAUCUUGAGAUCCCUCCUGAAGCAGCCUCCAAAAGACGCGGUUCAAUCUCUCGUCGGGCGGGCAUCGGCGGGAAAGCGAUUCGGCCCCUCCAGCCGGUCGAUAUCAAUACAAACCAGUCACCGCAUAGGAUGCAAAUGGAUGAGAUGUCCUCGAGAACCAGUGCAGAUUCGGGCAUUGGCAGCCUUGAUGUGGUAUUUUAUAACGAAAACGAGAGUUCGAGGCCCAAGUCUCAGUCUCGCAUCCCGCGGCAGGCUAAGAGGCGGGAGGAGCCUGUACUGACCAUGUCAGAAAAACUAGCUGCUGUCGAAGCUGAAGCUGUAGAGGUGCAGAAGCCAGGGGAAGAGGGCCCCAGGUCAAGAAAGCGCAAGCUUGAUCAACCGCAACGACCAAGAAGAAAAGGUGCCCGGAGAAGAAGCACUCUCAGUCCAGAGGAACUGGCAGAGUUGAUGGGCAUCGUUUAA